AAACAUGAGAGAAAAAAAAAAAAAAAAGGGGGGGGGGGAGCGGGAGAGAACGAAAAACGACGGAAGCUAUCCAUGGGUCCCCCCCACUUCUUGCUGAACUUGCGCGAAGCAAGCGCCAUGUUGGCAGUCUCGUGCCCGCGCGUGGGCCGUUGAGAGUUUGUGGAGGGAAGCUGUUGGCGACGACUGCCAGGAGCGGAGGGACUACUGUUUGUCUGCUGCACCCGCCCCACACCCCACACAGCCCACAGCUGUGCACGCGGCGUUGUGCUUGCGUGCGUGCGUGCAAGCGCACGCGCACGCAUUUUGGUGCAAGAUUUGGGGCCGUCAGCAAAUGUACCGGUUGAAAAAAGACGCUUUCUUUUCACCUGAGUGUCAGCCGUGCGUUGGAUUUACCGCAAAACGACACAAAGUGAUACUAAACAGGAGGUAGUCGACCACAGGUGACAACGAUGCUGCCAUUAAGGGCAGUGGCGGUGUUUCUGGUGCCGGCGUUUGUGAUCUCAAUUCCAAAGGUGCAGAGUGCAGACGACGGCGGCGUAGAGGAAGGAGAAUGGGGCGAGUGGUCCAGCUGGUCAUCCUGCACGGUGGACUGUGGUGUGGGCCUCACAGUCCGUUCACGCCGAUGUCAGCACCCUGCCAUGUUGCCCUUCGCUCAGUUACUUUCAAGAGAAGACAGUUCUGUGGAAUGUGCGGGAGCAGAUAAGGAGAUCAAAGUGUGCAAUAAACAGGCUUGUUCCGGUGGACCGGCCUCGCUCAGGGAGAAAGAAUGUGCAAAAUACCGGACCAGCGUGCAGUCAGAACACAACUACACCUGGGAACCCUUCAUCCAUCCCUCUGACCCCUGUAGGCUUUCUUGCCGUGCCAGGGGUCACCACUUCUAUGCCAACCUUGCCGACCGGGUUGUUGACGGCACACCUUGCCGGGCCCGUCCUCCAGCCCCAGCGCCGUCUGUGUGCAUGGACAGUGCAAGUGGAGAUGGAGCAUCUUUUGAAGUCGGCUGUGAUGACGUGCUGGAGUCGCCAUGGCGAAAAGAUGCCUGCGGCGUCUGCAAGGGAGACAACUCGACGUGCCGGAGCAUCUCCGGCAUCUUCACGCGCCUGCAGCUGGGGAGAGGGGCAACCAAGGUCAUCACCAUCCCUCCCGGCGCCACCAACAUCAACAUCACCGAACUUCGUCCCAGCAACAACACGCUCGCUCUUCAGCUUUUAGAGGACGGGAACUACUUUGUAAACCCCGAAGGACUUACUUUAUCUUCCGGGAAUUACGAGGGAGCAGGAACUAUUUUCUCGUACGAGAAGAGCACACUGUACUGUCCUGGUCAAUGUAUUCUUGCGAUAGGACCUACCGACAGACCAGUCAAUCUGAUGAUGUUGUCCAAAGGGCCAAACCUGGGCAUCCUGUACAGCUUCAACGUCCCUCUCUCCGUAAACGACAACUACUUCCGGCGAAUAAUCUACGGCGCCAACAACGAUGACUCCACUCCGCCGCCUUCGGAUCUGACGGCCACACCAUCGCCGAAGCUGCGAAGCGACGACAAAAGCAAGAAAGCCUCCAGCAAGACCCAAGGCAUCGGGGAGCGACAUGAAGCGGCAGCCGUCCAGGAUCCGAGCCAUUCCGACAUGGCUUCCGACAACAGAGCUUCUGACACGGCUUUUGAAACCAGUGAAGAAGAAGUAAACCACAACCAGAGCACCGCUGCCAGUCUCGACGGCAGGACUGCAUUCCAGCGAAACAGGAGGGGAGGGAGGGUAAUGAGCAGGCGGAGUUCUACGACAGCGACGACGAGGAUAUCCCUGAGUGGGUCACCGACAACACCUGACUCGAAUCGAGACAAUGAGCAAGAGCAGGAUGAAAGCGAAGAUGAAAUGGAAAAGGGUGAUGAUCGUCCAGCCACUCAAACGGACGUGAUGGAGGCAGAUAACAAGACUACUGUGCAGGCACCAGGCGCCGAUCAGACACAGCAGCCCCUCCCGCCAACAACACCAGGCAAUAGUGUUGAAGACAGCGAUAGUGACGCAAGCAACGAGCAAGCGGAAACUACUUCAAUGACAACUACUGUGCCAUCGUAUGGUGUCAUUACGCUGUCUCCGAGCACUGAAAGACACCUCGACGAUGACGGCGUCCAGGCUCGUGCAAACAAUGAAAGUGUAUUCAAAGAGCCUCGGGUUGAGGACUCGUCACCGGCAGGCACAGUCGAACAAUCUAAUUCAAGCUUACCUCAGCUUCCGGAGAUGGCUAAAAAUAUAUCGAUGACCGAUAAAGACAAAGAAAAAAAUAAAGACUCUAGUAGAAGAGGAGGAAAUGACCACCAAACUUUCCCUACCCCUUCCCCUCAGAGAGACAGUCCCUCGGGUUACGGCUCGCGUAUCGAGGACAGGCGACACUUCCGGCGUCCGCACUAUUCUCAGAGCUUUACCUUCAGGAGGCGGAACCAGCAGGGGUCACACGCCGCGGAAUAUGGUGAGGUCAGCGAGGACCAUUUUGCCACGGGGCGUGAGCCAGCUCGCGGGCGAGCUGCGGAAGUAAUUCACUCCCCUAUUAGGCGACCCCCGUCCGAGCCAGCAGUCCGAGAAGACGAGCAGCGAGCUGCACAGUCACGUGACGGUGCUAGACGGCCAAUCUCUGGUCAGCAGCAGCAGCGGCCGGGAAGCCACACUGUCCAAACUCUCCGAACUGUCCAAGUAGCCGUGCGACCCAAGUACGAACCCGAUCGUGAUCCCCGGGGUCCUCUGGAUCGGCAGCAGUGGCCACGGCGAACGCAGGCUCUCGGCCAAGCCUCAAGCUCGGAUGACGGUGUAGAGAGCCCCAACUUGGGCAGGACCUCUUCCGGUGGGAACGGACUUGUGCCCAGCGUGCAGAAGCAGGAGGUGGUCGUGACCCCCAAGCCGGAAGCUCCUUCAUCGUACGACAGGCGGCAGGAGGAGUACCGCCGGGAGCUGUUGAGGCGAAGGCAGCUGUACGAGCAGCAACUGGCUGCUCAGGAGGCAGAGUACCAGCGCCGCCUGCAGGAGCACAACCGACGACUGCGCGAGCAUCAACAGCGCAUGCAGGAUCGCGCACAGCAAAAUAAUCACCAGCGACAGCAACAUCACUACCACCAACAGCAACAGCAACAGCAGCACAGACGCAGGCACCAAGAAAAACAACACAAUGCCGGGCGGGAAGGUUCCCACUCCACAGAGGUUAACGUCGACGGCGUCGCCGCGUCCUCGCACCCAACUGGUCAACUUCCGGCCGUUUCUGCCAUGCUGGUGCCUUCCAGCGGCAUAACACGGGGCGCCGAAGACAGCAAAAAGGUCGGUAGGGAUUCGUCUGUGUCCGAGCCGGACGACAGUCAGGCAGAAAGAAAGGAUGGCAGCUCCACGACGGACGGAGGCCAGUUCCGGACCAUCCCACCUCCCUCUGUGGACCCCAGGACGGGGCGACAGCCGUUCGUCCCUACGCAGGCUCCUGUGUACGGGUCGCAGGCAGGUUUCGUGGGCAGAAGCGCGGCCGCCCCACAAUUUGUGGCGAACGAGCGGCGCCAGGAUGGCAGCCCGUCCCGUGCCAGCCUCACCGCUCACUACGACAACGACAACAAGGUGCCCACCUUCAGCGCUAGCACGCUGGGCAGGGGGGACGACAACCUGGUGCCGAGCCUAGUCGAGGGACGGCGUGGAGAGGAGACGGAGGAAGGAGAAGGGAGGAUAGAUAACAAUUUUCUGGGCUCCUCCAGCUACGAAUGGCGGGUCUCGGGACUGACGGACUGCACGUUGACGUGUGGAGGAGGUUUGCAGCAGACUGCGGUGGUGUGUCUUCACACACGUACACGUGCUGUGGUGACCGACGAGAACUGUAGUCAGUUACAACGGCCCCGCUCCAAGGCGAUCACCUGCAACACUCGCCCGUGUCCAGCCGAGUGGCAGCGAAGCGAGUGGUCCCAGUGCAGCGCCACCUGUGGUCCAGGUGAACAGACCAGGACCCUUACCUGCAUGGCUCGCAUCUCUGGGACCUUGAACUUGACCAUGCCUGACAGCAACUGCGACACUAUUAUCAGACCGGAGGGGCGGCGAGUGUGCCAGAACAGUCCCUGUAACACCUGGAGAAUUGGCAACUGGUCAGAGUGCUCUUGUGGAGAAGGACUGAGGACGAGGGAGGUGCAGUGCAUAGAGGCGUCAGGACUAGAGGUUGCAGACACUUUGUGCCCUCAAACUCGACCCGCGACGGAGGAGCGGUGCGACAUGGAGCCGUGUGGCAAGGGCUGGUACUUUGCAGAGUGGCCGGAACAGUGUCCUGCAAGCUGCGGCAGCAGUGCGAUGACCAGACCUGUCAUCUGUCUUGGGGAGGAAGGCGGUCUGUUGCCGGACUCCAGCUGUGACAAGCAAGCGAGACCCGCACACAGCAAACCCUGCAGGACGGAGGCGCCGUGUGGCGGAGAGUGGUUCACCGGGGAAUGGGAGCAGUGCACUGCAACUUGCGGCAGCGGCGUGCGGUCACGGGAUGUCGUGUGCAUGAAGGCCUUGCCGGGCGGCUUUCUCAGCAUCGUCGGGGAGGAAAACUGCGCACCCAACGAUAAACCCACCACGACGCAGUCAUGUGACCAGCUACCGCCUUGUAGCCCACAAUGGUAUAUGACAUCGUGGUCAGAGUGCUCGGUGACAUGUGGCACCGGACAGAAAACUCGGGAGGUCAAAUGUUUGGACGUGCAACAAAACCCCAGCAGCGACUGCUCUCAGGCACAAAAGCCUCGCCGAGUUGAAUCGUGUAACAUGAAAAGCUGUGAUGUUCCUACUGCAGAACCGGGCGCAGCGUCCGGAGACUGCCGGGAUGCGAUCGCUCGUUGCGAGCUCGUCCGCAAAGCGCGCAUGUGCCGCUACCCGUAUUACCAGAAGAAAUGUUGCGCCACCUGCUCCCAGGAAACGCAGUGAUACUCUUAAUUGGCUAACCUCUCUUGCUUGCCCCUCUCCAAGCCACGCCACCUGUCAGGGCCAGCAGCGAAUUCAUGGUGCAAUUCUUUUUUUUUUUUUUUUUUUUUGGGGGGGGGGGGGUUAAGGAGGAAGAGACAGGGGAGGUAUGGGUAAGGUGAAUUUCUUGAUGAGGUCCUCCUGAUCGCAGGCAUAGAGCUUGAGCUGGUAGGAAGAUGAGGGCAAACUUCUUUUUUUUUUCCAUUUGCUUAGCUCUCCAUGGUCCACGGUUUGUUUCUUCCUACCAAACCACCCCCACUCCCCUUCCCCCUUCGUGCGCACCAUAUGCUGCGACGCAGAGAAUGUUGAUAACCUGGGAGAUUCUGGGGCUGGCCUGAUGACAUCCAAAGUCCCGGUGAAGAAACAUCACAGAGAGGAAGUUGUGAACAAUGUGGGAAGAAAGUCAAGGCAACUUGUGGUCUCGUAAGCGUAAAACUCAUCGAGUGUGAAAAAUCAAACAUUAUCAAGAUAUUCUCGUCAUAAUAAUUACUCUAUAAUGUCAUUGACAUCUAUACAUUUCCCACAUCAUCGUUCGUACCACAUUUGUUUCUGAAAAUGCAAACACUAUUAAUUUCCGUGAGGCAUGUUUGGAUAGAUUCCUUACAACACUUGUCACAAAAGAUAGAAGACUGUUGUCAUCUCAGCUAACAUGUGCUUCAAGAAAAUAAACAAUAUAGAGUAAGAAUUCGGUAAAGAUCAGCAAAGGUAGGCAUAUUUAGAUAUAGCCACUUUGUGCUCACUCUGGAAUGAUUUCUAGACACAUGAGAGUAAGGGGGAUGUCAAUAAGACACUCACCCUGAAAAAAAUGAAUGUCGUGCAUAGGCGCAGUAAAUAUACAAGGUAUUGAACUCCAUCUAUGAUAUAAAAUUAUCGAUGUAGUCAGUUUUUUUUCGGUCCUUAUCAUCAGCAGUGUCUUGGAAUGCAGCGGAAUAAGCCCACUGUACAUGUGUUAACGAAGACGGACAUGGCCGGUCCUUCACACCAGCGACCUGCUGAUCACAUGAUCUGAGUUUCCAUUCAUGAAAGUUUUGUGGUCUUUACCUGACUCGGGUCAGCACGUGCCAUUCCUUGUGACCUCGAUGUUUCCAUGCACGAGCACUCCAAGGUAGUGAAAUGAAAAUUGCUAACACGGACUUAAUCAUUUCGUUAUUGUACAGAAAACAUCUUUACCUUGUCCACUCAGCUUCAUGAUUCGGUUGACUCGGUUUUAAAAAAAUUAUUGUAAGUACAUUUCAAAAACGUUUGCUAGGUAAGCUUGAUAAGUGAACUGUAGCGUUGCUGCUGUGUAUUUUCACUCCUCAAUGAUCCGUGAAAAGAGGCGCGAAGACCCGAUUGUACAGUCGGGUGGACUGAUGUCAGCGAUUGUGACACACAUUUGAGGUUUUGUACAAUUCACUUUCCUGAUUUCAAAUAUGAAAAAGAUCUUGCUCUGUGAUAAGCAGAACACCUCCCUGUUUCCACAAGAAAUGUUCUUCAGUCAGAAUGUUGAUCUUUGCUGACUUGAAAUGUUUGGCACUUAAAUCAGUAUUUUCUGCGUGAUCUAUACUUUUAAAAUUUCCUGAAUGGAUAUUUGUUUGUUGUAGAUGUUUAUUGAUGACGUGAUAUUACACUAUUACCAUUCAUCUCAGCGCAUUAGCCACGACACUAAUAAGUGACGUCACACAUAGCAACAGGGAGCGAGUGACGUCAGCUGUCCCCACUUCUGCAAAACGCUCAUUGGUCUAACUGAAGGAUCCACACUGUAAAAAGGACCAAUGGGAAAUCCUGGGCCCAUGUCGAUGGCCAUAUGGUUCACAACUGCCAGCAUGAUAUGUCGGUUGUAUGAGGCACAUUGCAACCAAGUAACGAACUGUAGUCCUGCCACCGUUGCCUGCUGCUGUGGACCUACACGGUUUAGCAUCAAAUGUCGCCCAAGAUGCACUGACGAACCAAAGCACUUCCUUCAACAAAUUAAGCAACAGAGUUUGUUAUCAUCGGCCUGCAAAAUAUAACAUUACCCAUACUGCAACGGAACACACACAGGGCCCAUCAGGAAAAUGUUCUUUUGUCGAUGCUUGGAGAUGACGACGAAGUCAAUAGGAAGGCAGCAGUGGACAUAUUAAAGACCAUUCAGCAAGCAAGCUGAUGGGUAUCAACAAGCAAGUCAGAGAAUGUCGACCUCCCAAACUAAAAGAGAAUGCUCAAAGCUGCAAGACUUACUGCCAUCGAUGGAGGAACUCACACUGGAACCACCUCUCACAAAGCACUUCUAAGAUGAAGAACUCCAGCAGCCUGUCAUCACAUACCUUGCCACUCUCAGGGAAUCGAACGCUUGUGUCCGGACAAGCGAGUGCGGCAUCAAAAUCAGUCUGUGGGAUGGAUGCAAGGGAUGGUUAUAUUCGAGCUGUUAUCAAGUAAAGAAACGUUAUGCAGUCAUGUCAGACUAAACAAGAGUUUCGUUUACCCGACUAGAAAUAAAAACCGGUACCUGUACUGUUUAUAAUUAUUGUCUGACAGUCCAAAUGUUAUCAAAUGCUGAUCUCUUCUUGCAAUUAUUAAAUAUAGAACUUUUGACAAAGAAGGAAACAUUUAGUUUAAAAGCUGCGUUUUUGGCGCAGAAAAAGGGAGGUGUUGUGCUCAUCGCAGAUUUCUUUGCUUUACAAUUUUUGCUCAGUAUAGCUGGUUGUACAAAUCCCAAAUGUGCCUGUUGAUCCGUUAUAAUUCAUCGGAUGAGGCUACACCCUACUGUACAGUGUGAUACAACCCUUGUAAAUACUUCAAAGUGACUUUUGUUUCCGGACUUUCUGACCCUACUUUGAUCAUGCCAACAGUCUUAUGCUGACAAAAUCAUGAGCAGGGUUCACUGUCCUUCCAUCCACUCUUUGAGAGUUAGAUACGAGACUGACGUUGUACACUGUUUGGUUUAAACAGUUGUACUAAUUAUAGAUUUGUUGUAUAUGUAUGUUUAGAAAACUAUAGACUGUGUUGAUGACAGAAAUUCUGAGUCGCGAGAGAAAUAUUUCUGUUCUUAGAAUCGUGUUUUUAAGUUUUACUCACGAGGCGAAAAAAAAACAUUUUACAUUUUUUUAUGAAAAAGUGUUGUCAUGAAAUGGCACGAACUGUUUUGUAUUUAAAAUGCUGGUUUGUAUGUAAGAUAUUUUUGUACUCUAGCUUUCGAUGUUAGGCACUCUUUGUUCAUUGUGAAAUAAUGUCAGGCCUGUGAGUUGUCAACUUAUUCUGUGGAAGCGAACUGUUUCAGAUUUCUUAGAGGUAUGUGUGUGUGUAUAUAUAUAUAUACUGUAUAUUAUUUGCCUUUUACUCCAGUCUUUACGGGUGGUCACGGUGUGAACCUGUAUUAACUUCUUGUACGUGUUACAGCUAUCCUCGAGUUAAUGUUAACCUCUAGAGGCCGUAGUUAUGAAUCAAGGGUAAGUCGUUGCCCUGGAGGCAACAUGGGGAAAUACAGUGACAAACGUCAAAAGGGAUUUUCAGAGUGCGGUGGGAAAGAUACCCUGUGGGUUAAAAAAACAUGUCUGCAGGGUCUAGGUAUCCCACUUAACUAGGAAAUGACGAUGCGUUUCCUUGAGUUUCUGAUUUGGAGAAAAGACUUACUCUCCCUUCAUAACUAUCACCUCGGGAAGCAAGCUUGUUUUAAUCUUCAUCGCUUCUGUUCUCUUACUGCAUGACGGCUCUCUCGUCCUUUUCCGGCAUCCAUUGCAAGAUCUGUUUGAAAUAGGAAAUUAUAGGCAGUAAAUGUUGUCCCGUGUUAAAGGCUGCUUACAAACUGUCACUGUUCCCAUAAUUUAAAGGCUGCUUGCAAAACUGUCAUUGAUCCUACCCUUGGCAGUCCUCCUUUGAAUGUGGUCCUUGUCCCAUCGUUGCAGUCCUCCUCUGAAUGUGUUUUUAUUUUUCACCAACCUAGCAUAAUCUAGUACGUGUGAAUGGAGCAGUGUGUAUAGCUACAAGCCUUGAAUUUACACCUAGUCUCUCAACUGAUUGCUUUUAUAUCAUGUAUCAAAGCGAGUAACUAUUGAAGGUUUUGUUUCGCUCCCAAAUUUGGUGGAAACGUGAGAGUGAGUGCGUGAGUGCGCGUGUGCAGGCAUAGACUGGCCGGUUCGUUUGUUGAGCACAAUGGCAAAAGAGCAAGGUCUGGUGAGUAAACGAUUAGGGGUGAGUGAUGGGGUGGGUGCGGGAGUCUCAAAAGAUGCUCACUGCUUACAGCCCGCAGGUCGGAACGAGCAGCCGGAGACCUCAAAACGGAAUCUCGCCAUUUGCCCCACAGCAUCGACAGGCUGCAUGAUGUGGGUAGUUGUAGUGGAUGGAAAGCUGAAGAACGGCAUCAUGGCCUCCAUUUCACUGUUAACUCUAAUCUCAUUUCCCAGCUGAAUGUCAGUGUUUAUUUAAAAGGAAAUAAAUUCUUCUCAUUUUU